CCAAGCGGAGCUUGUGCGCUCAUCAAGAUCUUCAAAAAACAUCCGACGAUUAUUAAUACCUCUCUUCUCUUCAACGUCAAUGUCAUCAAAUAUCCAGAUAAAAAUUUAAGCGAGACCUUAGUUCCGUUUUAUUUAGAUAAAAAUGACACUUGAAGUCUAUACAUAUGUAUAUAAGUCGUCGUUAGCUUUCUGAUUUAUCAAACAAUAUGAAGACGUUCCUGCUAUUGGGGUUGUUGGGGGCGUAUUGCUCUGCACUGUCAACCAAGCAGCAGAGGAGGUUCCCGGAUGACUUCCUGAUUGGAACUGCCACCGCCUCCUACCAGAUCGAAGGAGCUUGGAAUGAAGAUGGAAAAGGGGAAAAUAUCUGGGACUACAUGACCCACAACAACCCAACAGUUAUCGCCGAUGAAAGCAAUGGUGACAUCGCUGCCGACUCUUACCACAACGUGGAGAGAGAUGUGGAGAUGAUGCGAGAGCUGGGUCUUGAUGUAUAUCGCUUCUCGCUUUCGUGGUCCAGAAUCUUACCCUCGGGAUUCGCCAAUGAAGUCAACGAAGCAGGAGUCGACUACUACAACAGGCUAAUCAACGAGAUGUUGAAAUACAAUAUUACUCCAAUGAUUUCUCUGUAUCACUGGGACUUGCCGCAAAAGUUGCAGGAAUUGGGAGGCUUUGCCAAUCCACUGAUUGCCGAUUGGUUUGAAGACUAUGCACGCGUGGUCUUUUCCAAAUUGGGUGACAGAGUCAAGCUCUGGAUUACUUUUAACGAACCCAGAGAAGUGUGCUACGAAGGCUACGGUUUCACAACUAAAGCUCCGAUCCUCAACGCUACCGCCGUCGGCACGUAUAUGUGUGCCAGGAAUCUUUUAUUUAUUUAUUACAACGAGUUCAAGACGAAGCAAGGGGGACAGUGCGGUAUCACCAUCAGUGUAAAUUCGUUCAAGCCUCUGACUGAUUCUGAGGAAGAUCGCGCAGCUACUGAACUGAAACAACAAGCCGAGUGGGGUAUCUACGCCCAUCCUAUAUUUUCUCAAGAAGGUGGUUUCCCGAAAGAAUUAGUUGUCAGAGUAGCUGAAAAAAGCGCAGAGCACGGCUACCCGCGCACCAGACUCCCGCAGCUCUCCGAGGAAGAACGAGUGUUGAUCAGAGGAACCGCUGACUUCUUUGGAGUGAACCACUAUACUGGCUACUUGGUGUCCGCCACGAGACACACUCCUGAAUAUUCUACGGUAUCCUUGCUCAGUGACAUCAACGUGGGAACUUACCGCCCGGUCGAAUGGCUGCAAUCAGCUGCAUCCUGGUUGACGCUUAUGCCAAACAGCAUUUAUGACGUGCUGACACAUCUCAAGAACAAAUACAAUGAUCCCAUAUUUUACGUCACGGAGAACGGGUGGGCGACUUCUCCUGAAAUUGGACUGGAAGACGACGACAGGAUUACAUAUUACAGAGCUGCUCUAGAGAGCAUUUUGGAUAGUCUCGAUGCCGGAGUGAGGCUCAAGGGCUACAUGGCCUGGAGUCUGAUGGAUAACUUCGAAUGGCUGGCAGGAUACACCGAACGUUUCGGUUUGUACGAGGUUGACUUUUCGGAUCCCGCCCGCCCUCGCACCCCGCGCAAGUCCGCCUUCGUCUACAAGGAGAUCUUGAGGAGCAGGGUCAUCGACCACGACUACGAGCCGGACACCGCCGUCAUGACCAUCGACGAGGGACACCUUUCUAAUUUAUCAAACAAUAUGAAGACGUUCCUGCUGUUAGGGUUGUUGGGGGUGUAUUGCUCUGCACUGUCGAUCAAGCAGCAGAGGAGAUUUCCAGAUGACUUUUUGUUUGGGACAGCCACAGCCUCAUACCAGAUCGAAGGAGCUUGGGAUGAAGAUGGAAAAGGGGAAAAUAUCUGGGACUACAUGACCCACAACAACCCAACAGUUAUCGCCGAUGAAAGCAAUGGUGACAUCGCUGCCGACUCUUACCACAACGUGGAGAGAGAUGUGGAGAUGAUGCGAGAGCUGGGUCUUGAUGUAUAUCGCUUCUCGGUUUCGUGGUCCAGAAUCUUACCCUCAGGAUUCGCCAAUGAAGUCAACGAAGCAGGAGUCGACUACUACAACAGGCUAAUCAACGAGAUGUUGAAAUACAAUAUUACUCCAAUGAUUUCUCUGUAUCACUGGGACUUGCCUCAAAAGUUGCAGGAAUUGGGAGGUUUUGCCAAUCCACUGAUAGCCGAUUGGUUUGAAGACUACGUACGCGUGGUUUUCGCCAAAUUGGGUGACAGAGUCAAGCUCUGGAUUACUUUCAACGAACCCAGAGUAGUGUGCUACCAAGGUUACGGUUCCACAGAAAAAGCCCCGAUGCUCAACGCCACCGCCGUCGGCACGUAUAUGUGUGCCAGGAAUCUUUUAUUAGCUCACGCCAAGGCGUACCGCUUGUACAACAACGAGUUCAAGACGAAGCAAGGGGGACAGUGCGGUAUUACCUUCGAUGUAAAUUCGUUCAAGCCUCUGACUGAUUCUGAGGAAGAUCGCGCAGCUGCUGAACUGAAACGACAAGCAGAGUGGGGUAUCUAUGUCCAUCCUAUAUUUUCUCAAGAAGGUGGUUUCCCGAAAGAAUUAGUUGCCAGAGUAGCUGAAAAAAGCGCAGAGCACGGCUACCCACGCACCAGACUCCCGCAGCUCUCCGAGGAAGAACGAGUGUUGAUCAGAGGAACCGCUGACUUCUUUGGAGUGAACCACUAUACUGGGUACUUGGUGUCCGCCACGAAACACAUUCCUGAAUAUUCUACGGUAUCUUUGUUCAGUGACAUCAACGUAGGAAACUACCGCCCGCCCGAAUGGCUGCAAUCAGCUGCAUCCUGGUUGACGCUUAUGCCAAACAGCAUUUAUGACGUGCUGACACAUCUCAAGAACAAAUACAAUGAUCCCAUAUUUUACGUCACGGAGAACGGGUGGGCGACUUCUCCUGAAGUUGGACUGGAAGAUGACGACAGGAUUACAUAUUACAGAGCUGCUCUAGAGAACAUUUUGGAUAGUCUCGAUGCCGGAGUGAGGCUCAAGGGCUACAUGGCCUGGAGUCUGAUGGAUAACUAUGAAUGGAUGGCAGGAUACACCGAACGUUUCGGUUUGUACGAGGUUGACUUUUCGGAUCCCGCCCGCCCUCGCACCCCGCGCAAGUCCGCGUUCGUCUACAAGGAGAUCUUGAGGAGCAGGGUCAUCGACCACGACUACGAGCCCGACACUACCGUCAUGACCAUCGACGAGGGACACUAGGACAGUAUUGUGCAAGCGACAAUGUUAUAAUGGGGAUAAUAUUAUAACGCAUUAUAAAUAAAUGAAUCGUAAUUA